AUGAGGACUCUAUUGAUUUUUAUGUCUCAUGUUUUCGAUGAACCAAUUCUUGACCUUGAUGGUCCCACUGAAUUUUUACCUGCACCUGAUAUUAUUGAGUGUGCAGACCUAGAAAGAAAAAAUGUUGGUGUUGAUGAUAGUGCUAACAUAGAGAGAAAAUAUAUUAGAGUAGAGAAAGAGAGAGAGGUUGAUAUAGAAGAUUUUAACCAAGAAGAUGUUGAGAUAGAGAAUGAUAGCUUAGGUAAAGAGAGGGAGACUCAUGUAGAAGAUGUUGGUGUAGAAGAAGAUAGAGGCUUUGGGGAUAUUGGUAAAAAUAAGGCUAGCAAAUAUUCUGGAAAGUUGGGUGGAGAUGAGGAAUAUCUUGAUAGUUCUGAUUGUUGGAGUGAAGAUAGUGAAGAUAUAGAUGUGGAUGCUGUUAGAGGAGUAGAUCUACCUAAAAGAAGAAGAAGUAAGAAAACUAGAUAUGAUGAAAAUUGUGAGUUUUCCGUGUUUGAGCUUGGGAUGAUUUUUGAGGGUGUAAAACAAUUUAGAAAAGCUGUUGCAGAUUAUGAUGUAGAGUAUAGAAGACAGUUGAAGUUAAAACCUAAUGAAAAAAAUAGAAGGGUGAAGUGCAUUGCAGCCAAUUGCAACUGGUUGCUGUUUGCUUCUACUGAUAGGGAUUUAGAUAUGAUCAAGACAACAAAUCCUGGAAGAUCUUGUUGGAUAAAAAUUGACAAAGAAACUGAACCAGGGAAAAACCUCUUUGUUUAUUUCUAUGUGUGCUUUCAUGCCUUCAAGCAAGGAUGGUUAGAUGGGUGUAGGAAAAUUAUUGGUUUUGAUGGAUGCUUUCUAAAAGGAGCUUGUAAGGGUGAGUUAUUGGUUGCUGUGGGGAAAAAUGACAAUAAUCAAAUGUAUCCUAUUGCAUGGGCAGUUGUGGAUACAGAAACAACACAUAGCUGGGAUUGGUUUAUAAGGCAUCUGAUUGGUGAUCUAAAUCUGGAAACUGGUGAAGGGUUGACUGGUCUUGUUCCUGUUUUGAUGGAUCUGUUACCAAAUGCUGAGAGAAGAAUGUUAUGGAUGUUAAGAGGUAUCCCUUGUCCUCAUGCCAUUUGUGCUUAUUAUUACUUGAAUGAAGAUCCUGAUCAACAUGUAGAGCAAGCACUGGUACCAAGUGCUGCUGGUAGAGGUCAAGGUGCUGCUAGUAGAGGUAAGUGUGAUUCUGGUAGGGGUCAAUGUGGUGCUGAUAGAGGAGGUAGUUCUGGUAGGGGCCAAUGUGGUGUUGACAUGAGAGGUGGUUCUGGUGGUUCUGGUCGGGGUCAAUGUGGUGCUGAUAGGGGAGGUAGUUCUGGUAGGGGUCAAUAUGGUAUUGAGAGGGGAGGUGGUUCUGGUAGAGGUCAAGAAGGGAUUGGUAGAGGAUUGACAAGAAAAAUAGCCAAUGCAAGAGGGACCCCAUUUGAAAGUGGAAGAAAUACUUCUUCUAGUCAAGUACCACUUUUGUCAACCAACAAGAGGCCAUACAAUGCUACCUCAUUUGCUGCUGCUACUGCAUACAAAAGGCCUGCAACUGGUUUUUGUGUUUACUCUGAUCCAAUAACUGGAACCCAAGUGUACAAUCCUAGUACAUCAACUGAGAGGGUUCUUUAA